AAUCCUAGGGAAAGAUCGUGUAAAAUUUUUUGAGAAACUGGUGGUAUCAGAUUUAGAAGAAAUGUUAUACGGCACUUCAACAUUAUCACUGCUUACUAACGAGCACGGCGGAUGUGCAGAUAAGGACUUGGCUCAUAUACGUAGAGAAUUAGAUAAAGUUCAGAGGCAAGGAUGGCUUGUUCACAUGGAGGUCGUUAAAGAUUAUGCUUUAUUGGCUUUACAAGGUCCAAAAGCUGCGGAAAUUAUUAAAAGACUAAGUGACAGAGACCUAACAGAUUUCAAAUUUAUGACGUCCAGAUUUAUGAACAUUAAAAAAAUUGAACUUCACAUUACACGAUCAGGAUAUACUGGAGAAGAUGGAUUUGAGGUGACAUUAACCGCCAACCGCUUUGCAAAACUUUUACUGGGUUAUCCGAGUGUUCAAUUCGCUGGUCUUGGAGCUCGUGAUAGUUUACGCUUAGAAGCUGGUCUUUGCUUGUACGGACAUGAUCUAGAUGAAUCAAUAACUCCAGUAGAGGCCGGAUUAUCUUGGACCAUAGGAGCUGAGCGAAUUUUGAGGCAACUUAACGACAAAUCAACGAUAUUACGCCGUCGUAUUGGGCUUAUUGUGGAAGGCGCACCAGCUAGAGGCAAAGUGACAAGUGGAGGUCCAUCACCAACUUUACAAAAAAACAUUGCAAUGGGUUAUGUGAAAACUGAAUGUAGCAAAGUUGGAACCUCUUUGCGGGUUAAAGUUCGCAAUCGCAUGCAAGAUGCAAAAGUCGUAAAAAUGCCUUUUGUACCUGCAAGAUACUAUAGGUUGAAUGAAUAA